UACGGCCAUCUUCGCAUUAGAGGGAAGGUUGAUAUUACGAAUAAGUUCCCAUCAUCACCGAGUUCAACCAACCACCACCACAAAAACAAAUUAAUGCGAGGUUCAAUUCCUCCACGACCAGCUCUAGAAGACAUUGUUUCAACUGUCAUCGCUACCAAUGAGACCGUGGUCACUCAAGAAAUUGCGAUCUUCAAUCCGAUGAAUUUCAUUUAA